AUGCUGAGCGUACACCAGAGGUUGAAAAAUUAGCACCAAAACAAUAGUUCCCAUACUGCUCCAUAAACAACCAUAAUCUGCCAAAGACAACUAUUUAUUUGGAUCAAGCAACUGGAGUAGAAGUAGACUCAGCGAAUACAAACUCAAAUAAAAGGAAUAGGAGAACUUUGAAAGUUUCUUGUAAUAUAUUCUAAGUGUAAAUUGCAUAGUUCAUCUAAACAAACAAACAAAAAAUAUAACAUUUUUGCUUGUUUGUUAUCACUUCAGCACGUUGCGCGUUCGUUAUCAAAACAAAUGAAGGAAAACUCAAAUUCCGGCGGCGAAACUCAUUUACCGCUUGCUACCAUUUCUGACGACGAAUCGGAAGAGGAUGCGACAUUUUUAGACGAUCAAAACACGUGUAGCCCAGAGGAACUCGACAAGUUCUUUAAACUCAAAUGUAAAAUCGCAGACGAAUCAGCAGUUUCAUUAAAAAAGGAUUAUGUACUUCAUUUAACAGCUAACAAUGGUUUUACAAACGUUGUAGCCGGCCUAUCAAGUGGUUUUGUGCACAUUUUUGAUACCAAUGCUGGACUUACCUUGACACGCUCUACCUUUACUGAUAUGCCCAAAACGGGUAGUAACGAGCCCGUAAGUAUAUGCGGGUUACGUUAUCUAGAUGAAUCACCCAAUCACCUAUUAGUUGGUGAUAGUCGGGGAUUCGUAAGAUUAUUUGAUUUGCGUACACAAAAAGAACAAGUUUGUUUUGAAGAGAAUAUGGCAAACGUACAAGACGGAGCUAAAAGGAAAGCUAUAAACUGUUUCGACAGCAAUUCAAAUGCCCGCAUCCUUUGUAUGGGUACCGAGCAAAGCCAUGGUAAUGUGUUUCUAUUAUUUUAUGAUAUACGAGAGCGUAAGCCACUGGGGGAAUACAACGAAAGUCAUGAAAAUGAUAUCUCCGCAGUACGGUUUCAUGACGUAAAUCCGGAUCUCCUGUGCUCCGGUUCAAUAUAUGGCUUAAUUAACAUAUUUGAUAUUAAGGAGCCAACUGAAGACGAUGCUCUGAUGGCGACUAUUAACACAGAGAGUACUAUUCAAAAACUUAAUUGGCAUAAGAAUGUUUACGAGCAAGAUUUAAUAUCUUGUAUUACACACACAAAUGAUUUUUAUGUAUAUCAAGCGGAUGAGGGAGACGUUGUGGCGAAAUUCGAACGAAGCCAUAUUACUGCGGCAACUAAAAGAUCAAACGAGGCGAAUUGUUAUGUGGUUGAUGCUCACAGCUCGGAAAACGGCGACAUAUUCCUACUGGCUGGUACCAAUAUUAAUAAAGGCGAGAUUCUCCGUACGCUACGUUUGAAUAAGGACUUAACACCGGUUGCCGAUUUUAUUGGAAAUAAACAAGUUGUACGUACAAGCAUAUUUAAUAAAAAGAACGGCGUUAUGGUAACCGGUGGUGAAUCUGGACUUGUCACUCUUUGGUCCGCAGGAAGUGCUGACCUUAAUGAUGCACCUGUAGCAAACAGCUCAAAAACAUUUAAACAUAAAAACAAAAAGUCCGCAAAGAAAACGCCUUAUUAGUUAGAAAAUAAGCUAUUAACGUUAAUAUAUUUAAUAUUAUCAGCUUCGUUAAAAUUACAAUAAUUGGAAUCAAU